UUCUCCUCAAACUCCACCCCCAACCCCCUCUUUAAUCAAUCUCCGGCGUCAUUGUUCUAUCUCCGGCGAGUAUAGGUCUUCCGGCCUCCUGCACAACUAUAAUGAAAAGAAACUGCGGUUUGGAGCUCCGGCUAGUGCCACCAUCUCUCUCUUUUCCGGCUAAAGAUUGCCACCACUUUCAACAACACCCCAAGUGGGAAAUGAAUAAAAUGAAGAAUGGAAGUACCACAAAAGAGGAACAACAGCAGCUAACAAUAUUCUACAAUGGAAAAGUUGUGUCGUGUGAUGUCACAGAGCUACAGGCUAAAGCAAUCAUACUGGUAGCGAGUCAGCAGAAAUUGAACACGGCGGCGAUGAUGUCGUCAUUUUCCGUUCCAUCUCCGCCGUCGCCGGUGCUUCAAUCCCAGCAAGUAUGCAGCGCUUAUGGUCUCUCCAUGAAGAGAUCUUUGAAGCUAUUUCUUCAGAAGAGAAAGAAUAGGGUCCAUGCAGCAUCCCCCUAUCAAUCCUAUCGUCACUAAUAAUAAUUGUCGCAAUUAUUAUUACUCAUUUUCAUGAAUCAAAAUCGUCUCCUAUGGGUAUUAUUGUCUCAAGAUAUAGAACAAACUCCUGUAACCCACCGUCAUAUAUGCGAGACAAAGUACACCUUCAUGAAAUAUAGAGUAUAUACAACUAUAGAUAUUAUUAUGUUUAGGAAUAUUAAAGUGACUGUAUAUAUGUAUGUAUGUAUAAUUUCUAGACAUUUAAAUUAUUCGAGUUAA